UAUAGCUCAGCGUUUGCCAGUUGGCCAAGUUCUGCCGCCCUGCCGAGGGGCCUGGGGCGGGGACGCCUGCCGGCCACAGACUUGCCCCACGGGCCGGCCAGCGGCAGCUCCAGACCAGAGCAGCAGGAGGCUGCACGGGCCCGGGGCUGCCUCUCCGGGGGGCCCGAGAGCGGGCCAGCAGCACCCUGAACCACUCUCGCUGGAGGACGCCGCAGAGCCUGGCUUCUCGGACCCCGGAGGAAGCCAGGGCUAUGUUCCAGUAAAUGAAGCCCGCAGCUCAAGCCUUGAGCCCCAGCGCCCAGCCGGAGACACGACAUCACACCAGGAAGAAUGAAGAGGCCGCUCCAGGCUGGCCAAUGCCCAGGGCAGGGAGGGAAGGCGACAGGCAGUGCCCCCCCUCCAUCCUGAGGCGGAGCCGGCCACAGCGCCGCCACGGGGCCGAGCCACAGAGGACCUCACGGCUGGUGCGGUUCCGGGAGCCCCCGGAGGCGGCCGUCCACUACAUCGCCAGCAGGGAGACCACCACGGCCACCACCACCACCAGGGCGCCCAGCCGGCUGCAGCCCCGAGGCGGCUCCCUGCUCCUUCGGCUGUCCAUGUGCAUCCUGCUGAUGCUGGUGCUGGGUCUGUGCUGUGGCCGAGCCAAGCCCGUGGCGCUGGCCCUUGACGACCUGUGGGCCCGGAUCCUGGGGCUCAGCCUGUACCUGAAGCACACGGCCCUCUCCUGCUGGCGCGGCCUGCUGCAGCUCUGAUGGGGGCGGGCUCCCCUCCAGGCCUGCGACUGGCCGAGUGGGGGGGGGGGAGCCCCGACAGGCGGUCCCUCUUGAUGCCCACGUUGGGCUCCACUACGCAGUUUUAUUAUAAAGAGAAUCCACACAUGCUUUGGCCCCCGAGAGCCCCCCAGGCCCUCCCUCACCCCGGUGGGAGCUCUCUGCACCCUUGGGCCAGGCCAGGAUGUGGCCACGCAGAACCCCUCGAUAGGGACGCCGGCCCUGUACCCAUGGGGUCCCUCAGAGGGACACUGGCCUUUGCUGCUUGGGGACUGCGGGGGCUGGACCUCAAAACCCCGUGGAGACAGGUGGGUCUGGCUGCUGGGUGUGUCCUCCCUCCUGACGCUACACACAGGGCGGGGACCUGGGGUCUCCCCUUGUUGGUGCCGUUGGGGCUCCAACCUCUGAGCCAGUCUGACCGCUCCCCGGGGUUCCCGAGGCCUCAGGAACCCCUCGUGUUCUGGAGAGACAUACAGGCUGCCCCCCUCCUCAGCUGUCCGCCUGGUGGUGGCUGAGAGCGAGUGAGCUCCACCCGGACCCACCACCAUCAGAGCACAACCCCCUGUGUGGGGCCCCCGGGCUGCGCCGCGUGUCCGCUGCAGGGGCUCGGUGUCCCAUGACUGUGCACACAGCGCGCCACUGCGGCAUUGUGAGGCCGUGUGGAGACGGCGCAACAGGCUCCAGGGGCCCCUCCAGACUCUGCAGGGAGGGGGACGCCUGAACACAGCAGGGAGGCCCGUGGCCAGACACCCGGAGGGACUGCCAGGAAGACGCCGUCUCCCCCAGCCACCUUCAGACAGGGGUCCACAGGACAGCCAGUGCGGUGCUGCCCCUUCCUGGGGUUAGGCCCUGAGCGUCCAGCCCCACGGGCUAAGCAGGGACACACGGAUUUCUAUUAAAACACACUGCCACCCCUUUUAUCAGUCUGGGGGUCUUUAUCCAAAGGAGGGACAUGGGGACGGAUUUCCUUGGCUAAAGCAGAGGUGGGAGCACCUGGGAGCCUUCCCUCCUGGGCCUCAAGGGCAGGGGUGGUGUUUUCCAGGGUCAGGGUUUGGGGAGCCCAGAGCAGGGAGCCCAGUGGGCCUGUCUCCAGGAGCCGUAACCUCCAGAGGGCCGCAGUGGGGGGCCCAAGCCCCAGCCCUCGCAAACCCUCCUGCUGGUUCUAGGGUAACCAGGGUGAUUGCCGCCAACUCCGGCACUGCCCAGCCCUCCCCCCGGCCCCCCACUUCCUCUCACCCCCACCCCCUGAAGAGGACAGGCACGUUAUUGCCCCAUAUUCCAGGCAGGGAAACUGAGGCUCGGAGAGGUUGGGUCACGUGCCCGAACCCAUGGGGCAGGCACAGGCCUUGGGCUCAGCCCGGUCUAGUCUGGGUCACAUCUUGGGGAAGCCCUACCCGUGGAGCUCUCAGCCGAGGGUCUCUGGAGGGUCCGCACAGCGUGAGCCGGGGCUCCGGGGAGACGACCCUGAGACGGCCACCCUUGCACCUGGGGCGCCGCGGCGAGGAGAGCCCCCGGGAUGUGCGCACGCAUGAGGGUCCGGCCACAGGCAGGCCCGGCCCUAACCCCGUCAGUUCCUGAAGCUACAGGGACGCGCGCCGGCAGGUUU